AUGGCCGGUGCCAUCAAACUGAGUUAUUUGCUGCGAUUCCUGUAUUUUUACAAAAUUGGUCUUGAUGAUUGCCUGCAGCAAUAUAUAAAGAACUUUGAGAGAGAGAAGAUUAGUGGUGACCAGCUACUACGCAUUACUCAUCAAGAACUGGAAGAUCUUGGAGUCACACGAAUUGGUCAUCAGGAGCUUAUCUUAGAAGCAGUAGACUUGCUCUGCGCACUGAACUAUGGUUUGGAAACAGAAAAUCUAAAAACCCUUUCUCACAAACUGAAUGCAUCUGCGAAAAAUCUACAGAACUUCAUCACUGGGAGGAGGAGGAGUGGUCACUAUGAUGGAAGGACCAGCCGCAAGUUACCAAAUGAUUUUCUGACAUCAGUAGUGGAUCUGAUUGGAGCAGCUAAAAGUCUGCUGGCUUGGUUGGACAGAUCACCUUUUGCUGCUGUCACAGACUACUCAGUAACAAGAAAUAAUGUCAUACAGCUCUGUCUGGAACUAACAACAAUAGUACAACAGGAUUGCACAGUAUAUGAAACAGAGAAUAAAAUUCUUCAUGUGUGUAAAACUCUCUCUGGCGUCUGUGAUCACAUUAUCUCGCUCUCUUCUGAUCCGCUGGUUUCCCAGUCUGCUCAUCUUGAAGUGAUCCAGCUUACAAAUAUCAAGCCAAGUGAAGGGCUGGGUAUGUACAUUAAAUCAACAUAUGAUGGUCUCCAUGUAAUUACUGGAACAACAGAAAAUUCACCUGCAGAUCGGUGCAAGAAAAUCCAUGCUGGGGAUGAAGUGAUUCAAGUUAACCACCAAACUGUGGUGGGGUGGCAGUUGAAAAAUUUGGUGAAUGCACUACGAGAGGAUCCGAGUGGUGUUAUCUUAACUUUGAAAAAGCGACCUCAGAGCAUGCUUACCUCAGCACCAGCUUUACUGAAAAAUAUGAGAUGGAAGCCCCUUGCUCUGCAGCCUCUUAUUCCUAGAAGUCCUACAAGCAGUGUUGCUACGCCAUCCAGUACUAUCAGCACACCUACAAAAAGAGACAGCUCUGCCCUUCAGGAUCUCUACAUACCCCCUCCUCCAACAGAACCUUAUGUUCCAAGGGAUGAAAAGGGAAAUCUCCCAUGUGAUGAUGUUGGCAGACAUAUAGUGGGCAAGCCGGUUCAUACAGGAUCCGAAUCUCCAAACUCAUUUCUUGACCAGGAAUAUCGGAAACGCUUUAACGUGGUUGAAGAAGAUGCAGUUUUAUACUGCUAUGAAUAUGAGAAAGGAAGAACAAGUGGUCCUGGAAGGAGAGAGAGCACACCAACAUAUGGGAAACUAAGGCCUAUUUCUAUGCCAGUAGAAUAUAACUGGGUGGGGGAUUAUGAAGACCCCAAUAAAAUAAAAAGAGAUAGUAGGAGAGAAAAUUCAUUGCUUCGCUAUAUGAGCAAUGAGAAAAUAGGUCAAGAAGACUACAUGUUUCAAAGGAAUAGCAAAAAGGAUACUGGGAAAAAGUCCAAAAAGAAGGGAGACAAGAGUAGUAGUCCAAGUCAUUACUCGCUGUUGCCUAGUUUACAAAUGGACUCAUUGAGACAAGAAGUCAUGGGCACGCCUGGACCAGAAACUGCUUUGUACCACACAUUUCAGCAGUCUUCUCUACAGCAGAAAAGUAAAAAGAAGAACAAAGCACCUAUUCCUGGUAAAAGCAAAAGACGGAUCUCAUGUAAAGAUCUUGGUCGAGGGGACUGUGAAGGCUGGCUUUGGAAAAAGAAAGAUGCCAAGAGUUAUUUCUCCCAGAAAUGGAAAAAAUACUGGUUUGUCCUGAAGGAUACAUCUCUAUAUUGGUAUAUCAAUGAAGAGGAUGAAAAAGCGGAAGGAUUCAUCAGUCUACCUGAAUUUAAAAUUGAUAGAGCCAGUGAAUGCCGCAAGAAAUAUGCAUUCAAAGCCUGCCAUCCUAAGAUCAAAAGUUUUUAUUUUGCUGCUGAACAUCUAGAUGAUAUGAACAGAUGGCUAAACAGAAUUAACAUGCUUGCUGCUGGCUAUGCAGAAAGGGAGAGGAUCAAACAAGAGCAAGAUUACUGGAGUGAGAGUGAUAAGGAGGAAGCCGACACUCCAUCGACACCCAAACAAGACAGCCCACCACCCCCGUACGACACAUACCCACGGCCUCCUUCGAUGAGCUGCGCGAGCCCUUACGUGGAGCCAAAACACAGCCGACUCUCGUCCACGGAGACCUCCCAGUCGCAGUCGUCACACGAGGAGUUUCGCCCGGAGGCGGCGGGNAGCCCCACCGACUCGCCGGUGCGUAAGACGGCGAGCCAGCGGCGCUCCUGGCAGGACCUCAUAGAGACGCCGCUGACGAGCUCAGGACUCCACUACCUGCAGACGCUGCCGCUGGAGGACUCUGUGUUCUCCGAGGCGGCCGUGGUCUCCCCCGAGCACCGGCGGCAGUCGACCUUGCCCACCCAGAAGUGCCACCUGCAAGACCACUAUGGCCCCUUCCCCCUCGUGGAGGGUGAACGGAUGCAAGUGCUGAAUGGGAAUGGGGGAAAGCCCCGAAGUUUCACUCUGCCUCGGGACAGCGGCUUCAACCACUGCUGCCAGAGCCUUUCAGUCGGUGCUGCUGAUCACCACGAAGAAGCGCAGCAGAAGGAGGUGGAGGAGGAGGAGGAAGAGGAAGGCAAAGCAGCAGAAGAAAACCAGGAAGAUAAAAUUGAAACGAUAGAGGAAAAAACAGCAGACUCCUUGCAAGAUUUGUACAGAGCCUUGGAGCAGGCCAGCCUGUCUCCUUUAGGAGAACACCGGAUUUCCACUAAGCUGGAGUAUAAGAAAUCUUUUGUAAAGAGAUGUAGCGAUCCAGUAGUCAAUGAAAAACUGCACCAGCUGCGAAUUCUGAAAAGCACUUUAAAGGCCAGGGAAGGAGAAGUAGCCAUUAUAGAUAAAGUUCUGGAUAAUCCUGCCUUGACAUCUAGAGACUUUCAAGAAUGGAAACAAAUGUACCUUGAUCUCUUCAUGGACAUCUAUCAAAGCAGCACCCCAAGGGACUCUGUUAAUGGCUCGUCUGAGGUUGAUGCACUUAUAGCCUCCUUAGCGCACACUCACUCGUACAUUGAAACGCAUGUAUAAAGGUCUC